UGCUCUGGUUUGUUGCGUUGUUGAUCACCCGGAGCGCGUCUUUCUCUGCCUGCGACUUCUGGAGAGCGGAUCGCAGUUGGAGGAUCGCGGCCAGGAUGGCGCUCCGCUCUCUGCCGCUCCUGGUGUUGGUGGGAGUCGCCCUGUGGGAGAGCUGCCUCGGUGCCUCUUCGCACUCCAUGAAGUAUUUCUACACCUCCAUCUCGGAGCCCAGUCAGGGGCAGCCCCACUUUGUGUGUCUGGGCUACGUGGAUGAUGAAUUAUUCACUUAUUAUGACAGCCAUAGCAGGAAGUUCCAGCCUCGAGUCUCCUGGAUGGAGAAAGUGGGGAAGGAGGACCCCCAAUAUUGGGACAGAUACACCCAGGUAUUACGUGGCCAGGACGAGGAUUUCAGAGGAAACCUGGAGACUCUGAGGUUUCGCUACAAUCAGAGCGAAGGCCUUCACACAUGGCAGUGGAUGUAUGGCUGUGAGCUGCAGGGAGAAGAGAGCAAAGGAGGGUUUAUGCAGUUUGGCUAUGAUGGGAGGACCUUCAUCACCUUCGACAAGGAGACCCUCACCUGGGUGGCUCCCGUCCCCCAGGCCCAGAUCACCCAGAGGAAAUGGGACGCUAUUCCAGGAUACAAUCAAAGGUUUAAGUCCUACCUGGAGGAGGAAUGCAUUGACUGGAUAAAGAAGUACCUGCCCUACGGGAAGGAGACGCUGCUGAGGACAGAGCCACCAGUGGUGACGAUGAGCAGCAAGCCGGAGGAUGGGAUGGAGACGCACAUCUGCCGCCUGGAUGGCUUCUACCCCAGGGAGAUCGAGGCCUCCUGGACGAGGGACAGGGAGGUCUGGCUGCCGGACACCCUCCAUGGCUCCGUGGCCCCCAACGCAGAUGGGACCUUCCACACCACACUCAGCAUCCAGAUCGAUCCGAAAGAGAGGGGCCGCUAUCGAUGCCACGUGGAGCACAACGGCCUGCAAGAGCCUCUGGAUGUAGCCCUGGAAGGUGAGAGGCUGCAGGGAGGGAAAGGCUGGACUCUUUGGCAGGCUGGAGGGUUGUGGGAGGGAAAUCUCACCCCAGCUGUGUGCAGUUGUGAGCAUACUUGAGCUUUAAGCCAUUGG